UGUUCCUGUGGGGAUUGCGCGCUAAAACAGCUGUCUUUUUCUAGAUUUUUUUUUAUUAAUUAUUGCACAUCUUUGUAGUGCAAUGCGGCGAAGUCGUGCCCACGCGCGAAUUGAUAGCUUCACCUUUAGAUUCGCUAUUAAAUGGGUGUUGAUCUCUAACAGCUGUUAGGUGCGCUCCUCGUGUGGACAUUUAGGAAGAUCUCAACAAAUUCACGGUUAUAGUGAGAUAAGUACACAUAUUUGUUGUUAUAGAGCACCAGCUGAUAUAAUUUACGGUUUAUGUCUUACGGGCGUACAGCAAUCAUUCAGAUACAGAAAGAGACCGAGAGACCUAACAUGGCUCAGACCUCACAGGAUCAGGGAGCAAUAGGAAUAAUUGACCCAGAUGAGGAUUCUCCAAACAUGAUUGUCUACAGAAAGAUUGAGGACAUCGUCACACACCUCCAAGAUGAAACAGAAGGUGUACCUGUCAGAACGGUGAAGAGCUUCCUGUCAAAGAUUCCCAGUGUAGUCACAGGUUCAGAUAUUGUUCAGUGGAUGAUGAAAAACCUCAACAUAGAUGACCCGGCGGAGGCUAUUCAUAUUGGCAGCCUGAUCGCUGCCCAAGGCUACAUAUUUCCAAUCUCUGACCAUGUUCUCACCCUCAAGGAUGAUGGGACAUUUUACCGCUUUCAGGCUCCAUAUUUUUGGCCCUCUAAUUGCUGGGAGCCUGAGAACACAGACUAUGCCAUCUAUCUGUGCAAGCGGACCAUGCAGAACAAAACCCGUUUGGAGCUGGCAGACUAUGAAGCUGAGAAUCUAGCGCGGCUUCAGAGGGCUUUUGCCAGAAAGUGGGAGUUUAUCUUCAUGCAGGCUGAAGCACAGGUCAAGAUCGACAGGAAAAAGGACAAGACGGAGAGAAAGAUUCUGGAUAGUCAAGAAAGAGCCUUCUGGGAUGUUCACCGCCCUGUGCCAGGAUGUGUCAACACCACAGAGAUGGACAUCAGAAAGUGUCGCCGCCUAAAGAAUCCCCAAAGAGUUAAAAAGUCAGUGUAUGGUGUAGUGGAUGAUACACAGACGCAGAGUCCUGUACACACACCCUUACAACAGUGCAACAAAGACACCAGAGAAGAUGUAGAGAAAGAGAUCCUGUUCUUGAACACUCAGUUGGAUCGACACUGUAUGAAAAUGUCCAAAGUAGCUGAGACAUUGAUGAGCUACACAGAGCAGUAUCUUGACUACGACCCUUUUGUAACAACACCAGACCCAUCUAACCCCUGGGUCGGCGAUGACGUCACGUUUUGGGAGACAGAGGCCAGUAAGGAACCGAGUCAACAGCGAGUAAAGAAGUGGGGCUUCUCACUGGAUGAGGUUUUAAAGGACCCAGUGGGCCGUGAGCAGUUCCUUAAAUUCUUGGAGUCUGAAUUCAGCUCUGAAAACCUCCUGUUCUGGUUGGCCGUGCAGGAUCUGAAGUGCCGCCCCCUGCAGGAAGUGCCAGUUCGUGCCCAGGAGAUCUGGCAGGAGUUUCUUGCAGAAGGAGCUCCCAACGCAAUCAAUCUGGACUCGCACAGCUACGAACGCACCAGUCAGAAUUUAAAAGACGCCGGACGUUAUAGUUUUGAAGAUGCCCAGGACCACAUUUACAAGCUGAUGAAGAGUGACAGCUACCCUCGAUUCUUGCGCUCCAAUGCUUACCAGGAUCUUCUAUUGGCUAGAAAGAAGCUUGAGACUGAACAAGGCCGCCGUACAUCAUUGGAGAAAUUCACUCGCAGUGUGGGCAAAUCUCUGACAGGUAAACGACUGACUGGCCUCAUGCAGUCAUCCUGACAAGUCUUUAUCUUCGAGAUGUCCAGCCCCAUCCUGAGAAACUGGAAUAUGUUGGGGUUGAAGCAUUGUGCCCAUGAUGGGCCACAUGUAUGGACCAGCCUCUCUCUAAAACCCACCCAAACAUCGCACAGCUACGGACUCUAGAUGGCAGCAUGCAAUAAAAAUCUCCAAACCGUGACCGUGUUGACUGAGUGACUGCAAAGAGAAAUGUCAGACUUCCCAGUACCAUCUACAGCACCAUUAUAAGUUUAUUUGAUACUUAUAGCCACAGAGAAGCAAGGACGGGACUGAUCGCUCACCGCUGGAUGUCCUGCACCAAUUCAACCUCUUCAUUUUCAUUGUACCCAUGGGAAUCGAUAAGGUAUGCAGUAAUUGAUGUAAAGUACAUCAUACGCAUUUGGAUGAAGAGAGGAUGUGUCUCAAAUCUUCAGAGCAUUCCAAAGGAGUGGGGAAAGUGAAAAGGGCUUUCAACGGCUGUGUUUCCUCGGUUAAUGUCUUUUCAUACUGUCUCUCUCUCAUCAUGUACUUGCUGAAUAUGGAGUAUGGACGUGGAGGUGAUGAUGAGGUUCAACACAGCGCAGUGUUAUUUUAAUGCUCCUGCCAUUUUGGAGAAAGUACUCUGUUGAUGGAGAAGAAUUUAUAUUAUAGUCUUUGUUUUACUCACCUAUAUAGCACAUGAUGUAGUAAUAUGUCUACCAGGAGAUGUACCUUUUAGACUCAGUUUUAUUGAGGAAUAAAGAAUUAGCUAUGAGAUAACCAGGAA